AUUGGUUGACUCCUUCUACCGUAAUUUUGGUUCGUCGCGGGGUGGGUUAAGGAGUGAAUGGCGCUCAGGGGCAUGUGUGUGUGGUUCCAGGCCCUAAAAACAUUGUGGAUUUGCUUGCCUUCCUCCUUCUGAAGACUAGAGGUCGGCCGACAGCGUGAGAUUCCUGAGCGUUUUACCAUCCUGCGGCUCCAACAUGUUCUCCUGUUGGUUAAGUCGACUGUGCGGGGAAUUAUCCACACCCACCAGAAGGACCACCCAGUUGAUCUGGAGUUCUGCCGCCCGAAGUCUGGUACUGAGUUCACAGAGAAUUCCAGAACUCAGUAGCUUUGUUGCCCGGACCAACACGUGUGGAGAGUUGCGUUCUUCUCACUUAGGCCAAGAAGUCACCUUGUGUGGAUGGAUUCAGUUCCGAAGGCAAAAUAUCUUCCUGGUCCUAAGAGAUUUCCAUGGACUUGUUCAAGUUGUCAUUCCCCAGGAUGAGUCUGCUGCUUCGGUGAAGAAGAUUUUAUGUGAAGCCCCCAUGGAAUCUGUGGUGCAAGUGUCUGGGACAGUAAUUUCCCGACCUCCAGGACAAAAGAAUCCAAAAAUGCCAACAGGUGAGAUUGAAAUCAAAGUUAAGACAGCUAAACUUCUGAAUUCCUGCAAGAAGCUGCCCUUUGAAAUUAAGGACUUUAUGAAGAAAACAGAGACUCUUCGUUUGCAGUACCGCUACUUAGAUUUGCGUAGUGUCCAAAUGCAGUAUAACCUGCGACUGAGAUCCCAGAUGGUCAUGAAAAUGCGGGAAUAUCUCUGUAAUCUACAUGGUUUUGUGGAUGUAGAAACACCAACAUUAUUCAAGAGGACUCCAGGGGGUGCAAAAGAGUUUGUAAUACCGUCCAGGGAACCUGGGAAGUUUUAUUCUCUCCCUCAGAGUCCUCAGCAGUUUAAGCAGCUUCUGAUGGUUGGUGGUCUAGACAGAUAUUUUCAGGUUGCCCGAUGUUAUCGAGACGAAGGUUCGAGACCAGACAGACAGCCCGAAUUUACUCAGAUUGACAUAGAGAUGUCCUUUGUAGACCAGAUGGGCAUCCAGAGUCUAAUUGAGGGCUUGCUCCAGUAUUCGUGGCCCAGUGACAAAGAUCCUCUGGUGGUCCCUUUUCCUUGUAUGCCUUUUGCUGAGGCACUGGCCAGCUAUGGAACUGAUAAACCUGACACUCGCUUUGGGAUGAAGAUUGUAGAUAUCAGUGACAUGUUCAGAAACACAGAAGUUGGAUUUCUCCAAGAUGCCCUUAGUAAACCCCAAGGAACUGUCAAAGCCAUAUGUAUCCAUAAAGGAGCAAAAUACUUGAAAAGGAAGGACAUUGAGUCCAUUAGAAAAUUUGCAGCUGACCAUUUUAAUGAGGAAGUCUUACCUAUAUUCCUGAAAACCAAUGAAAACUGGAAUUCUCCAGUUGCUAAGUUCAUAAUGGAGGAGCAAGGCUUGGGACUCGUCAAACUGUUGGAGACCCAAGAGGAGGACGUGGUCCUGCUCACUGCUGGAGAGCACAAGAAAGCGUGCUCUUUGAUGGGAAAAUUACGACUGGAGUGUGCUGACCUUCUAGAAGCAAGAGGAGUGGUGCUUCGUGACCCAGCUCUGUUCUCUUUCCUUUGGGUGGUGGAUUUCCCCCUCUUCCUUCCCAAGGAGGAAAAUCCCCAAGAGCUGGAGUCAGCCCACCACCCAUUUACUGCUCCCCAUCCAAGUGACAUUCACCUUCUUUACACUGAGCCCCACAAGGUCCGUAGCCAACACUAUGACUUGGUUUUAAACGGCAAUGAGAUAGGAGGUGGUUCUAUCCGAAUUCAUAAUUCAGAGCUUCAGCAUUACGUCCUGGCCACAGUACUAAAGGAAGAUGUGAAAUUGCUCUCCCAUCUGCUCCAGGCUUUAGAUUAUGGGGCGCCCCCUCAUGGAGGAAUUGCCUUAGGGUUAGACAGACUGAUGUGCCUUGUCACUGGAGCACAAAGCAUCAGAGAUGUCAUAGCCUUCCCCAAAUCCUUCCGGGGGCACGACCUCAUGAGCAAUGCCCCAGAUUCUAUCCCUCCUGAGGAACUGAAGCCAUAUCACAUCCAGGUCUCCUGGCCAACGGAUGCAGAAACAGAAAAGAGCUCAUCGAAUCAUCCAUGCCGUUCAGAAAGUUGAGCUAUUGAAUUUUGUCCUUUGUUUCCCCAAGGCUAAAAUCAGAUCUGGAGUUCGGCCACAGAUCUGACUUCAAGUUUUUAGAUAGAAGAAAUCCAGGCUACAUUCUUCAUCUCAAUGAAGAAACAGAUAAAAGGUAUCCAGUUUUCAUGAUAACCUGCAAUACUAGCAUUAUUUGGAACUUUUUAAAAGUUUCUUUUUACCUGGAAAGGUGUGAAAGAUGGCUCUUUGUUGGAGUAACAUAAAGGCAUAGUAUUUUCUAAUCACAUUUUUUAUACUUAAAUAGUAGACUGUUCCUUAGGACAGAGGUAGUCAAAUCACAUGUAAAAAUGUGGAAAAAUUCUUGCUCCAUUAGACUGGUCAGUUGAUGGAGGGGUCAAUGCAACCAGCUUCACCAAAAGAAUCCUAUAAAAUAACCUGGAUAAUGACAUUUAUACUAUCAAUGUAAUAUAGUGAGAAGCAACAUGACAUAAAGCAAAAAAAAAUCACUGAAAUAAAGGUCACAUAUGUUAAUCAGUGCUUUACCCCACAA